GCCUCCUUCCGCGGGCGGGAGCCUCGCGGCGCCCCCGGCGGAGCCUUCUGGAAGCCGCCGGGCCGGGGGAGGAGCGGCCGCACGGGCCGGCUCUCGGGGGCGGGAGCGAAGGAGGGAGCGUGCAUCCUACGGGGCCGAGCGGGGCGGUGGCGGGUGACGUGAGGGUGGAGGAGGGAAGACAGACACGCGGUGGGAAAGUGUGCGCGGCGCUUCUCUCUGGAGCGCCUUCGGAAAGGUUUCGGCCCCCCGCACCUUCCUUCCCAGCGAAGUGGGACUGCCCUGCCCUGCCCUGUAACUGGCGCGAUGUCCCGGGCUGUAGCGGAGGAGGCGCCGCAGGAGGAGGGCGCGGGCGGCUCCCGGAGGAGCGGCUGGGGGCUGCUGGUCACGGCCGGUGUGGGCGGCUCCUUGGUGGCCCUCUAUGCUGUGGCCACCCCCUUCGUGACCCCGGCCCUGAGGAAGGUGUGCCUGCCCUUCGUUCCUGCCACCGCCGCUCAGAUCCGCAACGUGCUGAAAAUGUUGGAAAACAGAAGCGGCUCCCUGGUUGACAUCGGUAGCGGGGAUGGCCGCAUUGUGAUAGCAGCUGCAAAAAAGGGAUUCCAGGCUGUUGGUUAUGAAUUGAAUCCCUGGCUAGUCUGGUACUCCAGAUAUCGUGCCUGGAGAGAUGGAGUACAUCAGAACACCAAAUUUUAUAUUUCAGACUUAUGGAAGGUUUCUUUUUCCCAUUAUAGAAAUGUUGUUGUUUUUGGAGUACCUCAAAUGAUGCCACAGCUGGAGAAGAAGCUGGAAGAAGAACUUGAAUGUAAUGCCAGAAUAAUUGCCUGUCGCUUUCCUUUCCCUUGCUGGAUUCCAGAUCAUACUACUGGAGAGGGAAUAGACACUGUGUGGGCCUAUGAUUUGAAACAUUCUAGAGGAUGUGAAACAAAAAGCUUGGAAAUUACACCAGAGACAGAAUCUUAAACACUGAGUUUGGUUUUGGACAGACAUUUUUAGCUUUGACUGAACCUAUUGAAGAAAAGAUUAACGAGGAGAGAGCCCUGGCAUAUGAAGAUGUGUAUUCACUAUAAGAACUGAAGUACAGUGGCUGUCUGAAAGCACACAAAGAUUACUUAAAGGUAGUUAAAUGGCUUAAUAUGAUGUCCUGGUUUUACUCCAUCUAGCAGUGGAGUACCACAAAAAUGUUCACUUCCCCAGUGCAAUGGGAAAGAGAACUGAAAAAAAGGUCAUACCCAUAACCAUGGAUGGAGAUAGGAAUAGUUUAAUAAUUGAAAUAAAUGUACUACUAAUAACAGCAACAACAAGAGAGGAGUAAAACCCAAGAAAGAUGAGUGAUGCACAAUACCCUUGCUCACCACCCACUGAUGGAUGCCCACCCCAUCCCAGAGCAGUGACUGCCAGCUCUCCCCAGUUUAUAUACUGGACAUGAUGUUCUAUGGUGUGGAAUAUCCCUUUGGCCAGUUCUGCUCAGCUGUCCUGGCCAUGCUUCCUCCUGGCUUCUUGCACACCUCCUAGUUGGCAGAACAUGAGAAACUAAAAAGUCCUUGGCUUGGAGUAAGCACUGCUCACCAUCAACUAAAACCAUCAGUGUAUUAUCAGAUUGGUCUUUUCUAAAUCCAAACCACAGUGCUAAUAGGAAGAAAAUCAACUCCCAGCUGAAAGCAGAAUAUGUUGUUAGUCAAAAUUAUGAAAAAGUUUUUAUAGAAGAGGAAAACUUCAAUAUGGAAAGGAGUUUAGAACACCAUUCACUACAAUUAAAGGGAAUAUAUGUAUAAGUUCAACUGCUCAAAUUUGUGAACUUAAUGUAUACGUUCUUUCUGACCCUACAGAGCAUUUGGUAUUGGUUUUGGAAUGAUGUGCAAGUGUCUUCUCAAAUGAGCUGUAUUUCCAAACUGUCUGAAUUUUGUAUGCCAAGUACAUAGUGCUGCAUACGCAAAACUGGUCCAGAUGGAGUAUGAUGAUGACACCAAUGUUUCACACGACGGCCUUGAAUGUGUACUUCUAAAAGUAUGACAAAAUGGGCAAAUAUAGCAAGUUGUUUGUUCAUUAAUAUAAGUGCUGCCUCUGAUUAUAUUAAUGUUUUUUUAUUUUUAUUUAACUUGUGUUUUGUUUUAGCAUCUGCUGGAAAAUAAACUCCAAGUAAGCCACUCCC